AUGGGAGAACAAUGUCCUCCUGAAUUGGAAGAUCUUGGCAAGAAAAUUGUUGAAAGUUGUGAUGGAUUACCAUUAUCCAUUGUGGUAUUGGCUGGCAUAUUAGCAAAACUGGAGAGAUCUAAGGCAUGUUGGUCCUAUGUUGCUGAAAAUGAAAUUUGGCAUCAUUUUCAACAAAAAGCUAAAUGCAUAGAUAUUUUGGCAUUGAGUUAUAAGUUUUUGCCACAAAAUCUGAAACCAUGCUUUCUAUAUGUUGGUCAUUAUCCUAAAAACUCCAAAAUCUAUGUCAGGAAAUUGAUAGAACUUUGGAUAGCAGAGGGGUUAAUACCAAAAGAAACUGGUAAUAAACUACCAGAGGAUGUUGCAGAAUACUACUUGAUGGAGCUCAUUGAUCGAAGCUUGAUUCAAGUUGAAAGCAAGAGGACUGAUGGGGGCAUGAAGGUAUGUCGCAUUCAUGAUCUUUUACGAGCAUUUUGCAUAGAAGAAAGCAAAAGGCAAAAGUUCUAUGACAUCAUUACUGCCACUGGAAGUUCAAAUUUAGUCAACCCUCGAAGAUUAUUUAUGUAUCAGAAAGCCUCAACUUCUAGCCUUGGUGCUAAUCAUUCAUCUGUGCGCUCUUUGAUUUUCUUUGGAGGAGGAGGAGGAGAUCUCAUAUGUUGGAAAGCCAUUUUGAAGGACUUCAAAUUGGUUCGAAUCCUUGAUAUCUCCUCUACUCAUAUGGUACCAAGAAUUCCUAAUAGAAUUGUGCAUCUAAUCCAUCUUAGGUACCUAAAGUUACGUUGUGUUCAUGGAUAUUCAUCAAGAAUUCCAAAAGCAAUAUUUGACCUAUGGAAUUUAGAAACUUUAGAGAUUGCUGGCAUUUCAGUGAUUCUACCAAAGAGCAUAGAGAAAUUGAAAUGUUUAAAGCGUCUUUGUCUUCCAAGAUAUUCGUAUAUUCCCUCUCUUAAUGGUCCUUCAAACAAUCUGAAAAUCCUUUCUUAUGUUUCUUUUAGAGACAGUAAUGGUCCCUCACUAUGCCAUAUGUGCGAGCUUAGAAAAUUGGGGAUUUUGUUAAGGGAAGAAAUAUGCAAUCCACAUGUUUUUUGGCAAAACCUUCCAACCUUGGCUAAUCUACAAACACUCAAGAUUCACGGUUACAAUUUCCCUCGCAUAGAUACAACUUUUCCAUCAAAGUUGACCAAGAUAACAUUGCUGUUGGAGUCUGAAGAUAUUUCUCUAAAUUCUUGGGGCCAUUUCUAG